AUGUCGAUACAUUUCCACACGCUCGAGAAGUCCUCAAUCAUCGCCGCAGCGUCAAAGGCAGCAAGAGAAGUAGACCGGGACACUGCCAUAAAGCACAUCAAGCUGGAGUACCAGAAAUACUGCCAUCGCCACAAUGAGGCUAGUUUCCCAACCACCGCCAUUAUCAUAGGGGCCCUUGGGAUCACCGCCGGCUCCAGCACCUGUCUGCGACACUGCCGCACAAGUACUCAGCCGGUCAGAAUGGCAUGUGGUCAUAGAGUUUGUAAGAAGUGCAUCGACCAAUGGGUUGGAGAAGGAGGCGCGUGCCAGCACGAGGAGAGUUGCCCGAUGUGCCGAUCGUGGCUCGUCAAGAGCUGCAGGCGCCGCGAACCCCUUCAAUACGACGACUUCGAGGAUAUGGCGCUCGUGCACCUUGUUGGCACGGUCUCAUGUCCGUCAAACAGAAUCAUCCGCUACAACCGUAUCAUCAGUCUGAAUCCCUUCUGGUUUGGCGCAACAUACUUGGCCUGGGUGACAAAAAUGAAUGCCAGUGGAUAUCAAUCGUACCCCGGAUGGACCUUCUGGUUUGACAGGACCAGUGAAGAAAGGAGUCAUUUUGGCGAGCUGUUCCUCUACGCUAAAGGGUUGCUAAAAGCAGGGGAAGAUGUCGACAAAUUCGCAAAUGCAAAACACCUCCACGAAAGGCUAUACAAAAGGAUCCUGAAGAAAGCCGAAACGAACAAGAGAAUGACCAGUCUAACUGCUGCCUUCGGCUUCAAGCCGUUCCUUAAUACUAUUCUCCGAGAGAUUCUCACCAUCAUGCACCAGAAGACUUCCCAAGCUACCCAUGAAGUCCCUCCUAGUGAUAUGCUUCACACGCCGACGAACACAACCCACGAUACACUUCGCACACGGAUGGAUACAACCGAUGGUAGGCCUCAUACGCAAAUGAAUACGGCUUUCAAUAUGCUCCACACACGACCAGAUACAGCGUACGAUCUGCUUCCCCCACGGAUGAAUACGGCGGCCUAA